GCCAUGUCGGACGCGGUGAUCAGUUUUAUGAAGGACUUCUUGGCGGGUGGCGUGGCCGCAGCCAUCUCCAAGACAGCCGUAGCCCCCAUUGAGAGAGUCAAGCUCUUACUGCAGGUCCAGCAUGCUAGCAAGCAGAUCACUGCCGAGAUGCAAUACAAAGGCAUCAUUGACUGCGUGGUUCGAAUCCCAAAGGAACAAGGCUUUCUGUCCUUCUGGAGGGGCAACCUAGCCAACGUCAUCCGAUACUUCCCCACCCAAGCCCUCAACUUUGCCUUCAAAGACAAGUACAAGAAGAUCUUCCUGGGCGGUGUGGACCAGAAGACCCAGUUCUGGCGCUACUUUGCCGGCAAUCUGGCGUCGGGUGGCGCAGCCGGCGCCACCUCGCUGUGCUUCGUCUAUCCACUAGACUUCGCCAGGACACGACUGGCCGCAGACAUCGGCAAGGGCGCAGCCGAGAGGGAGUUCACAGGCCUGGGCAACUGCAUCACUAAGAUCUUCAAGACAGAUGGCCUUAGGGGACUCUACCUGGGCUUCAAUGUGUCUGUGCAGGGCAUCAUCAUCUACAGAGCUGCCUACUUUGGUUGCUUUGACACAGCUAAAGGAAUGCUUCCCGAUCCCAAGAACACACACAUCGUAGUGAGCUGGAUGAUCGCCCAGACGGUGACGGCCGCGGCCGGCCUCGUGUCGUACCCCUUCGACACAGUCAGGCGUCGCAUGAUGAUGCAGUCCGGUCGCAAAGGAGCUGACAUCAUGUACAAGGGAACAAUGGACUGCUGGAGGAAGAUCCUCAAGGACGAAGGAUCUAAAGCUUUCUUUAAGGGUGCAUGGUCUAACGUGAUCAGAGGGAUGGGUGGCGCGUUUGUGCUGGUGCUGUACGACGAGAUCAAGAAGUACACAUAG